GCAGAUUUGAAUCAGGCCUAAAACCACAUACCACGGCCCAAUAAGCGGUUCAAUAAAUACCCCCUUUUCCCGCCAAGCAUCCAUUUUCCCCGCCGUUUCCACUCUCCUCUCCGUGCAAUCCUUCGCUUCAUUCAGCCGUGCCGUGUGUAUAUUUGCUGUAAUUUUGGAUAAGUAAUUUUUGGAAAAUGACAAGAGAAGAAGUUGAGAAUGGGAGAGAUGAAAUGUUAAUAGAUGGAGAUGAAAAUGAGCAAAGGAGGUUAGAGAAUGCCGUUCCAGAUGGAUUCAACGCUGAUUAUCUAAAAGCUUAUUAUGGAAAGUUUUUCCCUUAUGUUGAUAUGUUCAAGUGGCUGUCUUAUGGCAAUGAUGGAAAGCAUCCAGGUUGUGAUCACUCAUACUUUGGCCGAAGGGAGUUCUCUUUCACAUUGGAUAAUGACAUUUACCUGCGAUUUCAAUCAUUUAAUACUGCAUCUGAGCUGGAAAAUGCUAUCAAAGAGAAGUGUCCUUUCAAAAUAGACAUUGGACCUGUCUACAGUGUAGAUCCUGCAAAAAGGCAUGCCUAUUCACAAGUUGGUGACAAUAUUUUCACGCCUGUUGAAAGAGAGCUGGUUUUUGAUAUUGAUAUAUCAGAUUAUGAUGAUGUCAGAUAUUGCUGUUCAGGAGCUGAUGUUUGUUUAGAGUGCUGGCCGCUGAUGACAAUUGCCAUCAAGGUCAUUGAUACUUCUCUCAGAGAUGACUUUGGGUUCAACCACAUCCUGUGGGUAUACAGUGGUAGGCGUGGUGUCCAUUGUUGGGUUUGCGACGGAAAAGCGAGAAGGUUGACCAAUGAACAGAGGGCCGCAAUUGUUGAAUAUUUUCGUGUCUACAAGGGCAAUGAGAAUAGCAGUAAAAAAGUUUCUCUAGUCGGUCCCGCUCUUCAUCCGUUCCUCGUGAGAUCUUAUACUGAAGUCUUGAAAGAUUACUUUGAGAACAGACUGCUAUCAAGUCAAAAAUUGUUCUUGAAUGAGGAGAGGUUUGAGAAGAUUCUGGAAAUGAUACCUGAUGAGUCUGUUACGUCUGAGCUCCGGGGAAAGUGGUUGUCUAACAAGCGCUCAAAAGAAGAAAUUAAUGUUGCUCGCUGGGAUCAACUAAAACAUCUAUUGCAAUCUGGUAAACAGAAGGGCCAAGGUGUGCGUAGAUGCAUCGAAGAAAUUGUGUUUUCUUUUACCUAUCCAAGACUUGAUAUGGAGGUCUCAAAGCACAUGAAUCACUUAUUAAAGGCUCCUUUCUGUGUGCACCCCAAAACAGGCCAUGUUUGUGUUCCUAUAAAUCCCAAGAACUGUGAGGAAUUUGAUCCUUCUGCUGUUCCAACCCUUUCCCAGCUUCUUGGGGAACUCAAUACUGGAGGUUUUAGAGGAGAAGGGGAUAAUGAAUGGGAUGGAACCUCUCUUGGAGACAGUGUUAGAUACUUUAGGGAAUCCUUCUUGCAACCUCUGCUAAAGUCUUGCAAGGAGGAGAUAGAGACUUCUUAUAACGCAAAAGUUCAGCAGUCAAGGAACUCAAUUAGCUGGUAGUGUUCUUAUAAAUCCCCUAUAUACAUGUGAUGUUAUUUAUUACCCUGCUUGUGAUUGUAAUUAUGUGUCAAGUUACUCUGUUUUUGUCCUUGGUUUCUUAGUUUAUGCCUAGUUGGUUGAUAAGCUUGUAAUAUGAUCCCUCCUGAUAUGUGGGGAUGUAUUAAAUGUUAAUCUGUACUUGCGCUCUUAAGACGUGUAGCCUCCGCAAUCAAAUUUUCCUUGCAGUUGACAAA